UAAUUUUUUUUUGCCGUUAAAAAAAUUAUGAUUAAAUUAUCUUUCAAUGAUAAUAGUAACAAACGGCUAUUUUCACAAUUGUUGAUCAUUAUUAUGACAAUGAAUAAUGUUUGUGUGAACAAUGGUUCUCAUAUGCAUUAUUCAUUCUUUACUAAUGCCACUAAUACCCAAAUGAGAACUAAAAGCAGCCAAAGUUUUCCAUAUAAAUCUGUUUAUGGUUUACCAAUUUCAUUGAAUUGUAGUAAAUCAAUUCAUUUACAAUUUUCUCAAUGUGAAAUAUCAUUUCGUGAUAAAUGGUUUAUUACUAAUGAUGAAUUGUUUUAUCAAACAAGAAAAUUUUGCUGUUUUGUUUGGGAUACACUGAAUUGUGAAAUUAAUAUAGCCAUCCAAUGUUCAUAUGAAUAUUCACAAAAAUUGGAAAAAAACACUCUAGAAACAUUUACUACCUUUUGUGAACAAGCUGGUUAUAAACCAUUUAGUUUUUUUUGUGAUUGGGCAAUUGGAACACUAGUCGCUGCUGGUGUCUUUGGUUUUUGUUCAUUACUUAUGAUUGGACUUAUUUGUUAUACAAUAGGAAUGUGUAUAAAAUAUCGUGUUUAGAGAAAAUUUUAAAUAAUCAAAAUGAUCUCAAAAUAAAUUAUUAUGGUGGUGGGCCCAAUCGGAAGAUUAUUACACGAAAAUUUACAAAAUAUUAUCAAAUUUUUUUUUAAUUAAUCAAAUUAAAAAUAACAACAUUAAUU